UAUGAGCCAUCUAUAAUUAAGUCAAUCAACCAAAGAACUAAUCGCUAGUUCAUAUCCUGCUACACUCUGUAUCUCCAUUAUUUUUCUGUCUAUAAAUUUGGCAUCAAAGCUGGGUAGCAGGCAUCCCAAAAUCAUUCACAAUCCAGAAGUAUUGUUUUGCCAGGUAGAUCAUGGAAGCCAAGGCUGGCAACAAGGGCUUCUGUAGCAGUUAUUUGCUAUUGGACCCUAAGCAAGCCACUUUCAUCGAUAUUUUUUAUGUCUUGUUUUCUAGUAACUUAAAGAAUAGAAAAUUUAUCGAUUGCUCUCAUGAAAAAAUGGAAAAUUUCUGGUAUAGACUUCAUAUAUUCCUCUCCAUACUGUUACAAAAACUUCUGUUAAUGAUAUCGACGCCAAUGGCAACGAUGGGGUCAGCUGUAGAGGACAUGCUCAACCUUCUGCCAAGUAAUGGUGGCUUGUUUGGUCUCCUACUUAAUAUCUUGCGAGGGAAGAAUGUGAUGCCCGACAGAGAGGCUGCAAACUAUCGUUCUUUUAUAGGAUAUGUGGACACGAGAAUGAAGCUAGACCGUGACAUUAAAUAUGGAGAUGGCACGUAUUAUCCAGCACUUUCGAUGAUGGCUUGUAAAGCAGCUUAUAAUAAUUCCGCUUAUACCGAAGCUAUAGUAAAUGAUCAUUGGGAGAUGGAUCACUUGGGAUUUAAAGAUUAUUGGAAUGAUUUCCUACAAAAAGCCGGUACACAAGCCUUCUUGUUUCGAGAUAAAAGAGAUGACCAUGACACUAUUGUUGUUUGCUUUAGAGGAACUGAACCGUUUAAUGCAAAUGAUUGGUGUUCGGACGUUGAUAUCUCUUGGUACGAAUUCCCCAACAUUGGAAAGAUUCAUAGUGGUUUCAUGAAAGCCUUAGGCAUGCAGAAAACUGUUGGUUGGCCUGAGCAAGUCGUGCCAGAUCAAACCCGCGGAGCACCAUUAGCAUACUACGACAUAAGGGAUAAGUUGAGAGACCUUUUGAGCAAAAAUCCUGAAGCAAAAUUUAUAGUGACAGGCCACAGUUUGGGUGGUGCGCUAGCAAUUUUGUUCCCAGCAAUUUUGUUUUCCCAUGACGACAAAUUGCUGCUGGAGAGAAUGGAAGGAGUGUACACUUUUGGGCAACCGAGAGUAGGAGAUGGGACGUUCGGAAAUUACAUGCUGAAGAAUUUGAACAAGAAUGGAAUUCAUUAUUACAGAUAUGUUUACUGUGAUGAUAUUGUUCCAAGGGUUCCAUUUGAUAACAAACGCUUUUUGUUCAAGCACUUUGGUACCUGUGUCUUCCACAACAGCAAAUACCAAGCAUUGAUUGUUGAGGAAGAACCAUACCGGAACUACUUCUCAAUUUGGGCCUUUUUCCCCAUGCUAAAAAAUGCUAUAUAUGAGCUGAUAAGAAGUUUCACUAUAGUGAAGCAGAGGGGACCAGAUUACAGAGAAGGGUGGUUGUUAUUUUGUAUCAGAGUAGUUGGAUUGGUGUUCCCUGGUCUGCCAGCUCAUUGUCCCCAGGAUUAUGUAAACUCCACCCGUCUUGGAUCCCCAGAUAAGCUUUUAUUUGUUUCCCAGAAACCAGUCAUGAUGUCCGCUAGCUAGGCCUGAAUUUGCAUUUUGGAGAUUUCAAUAAAAGUAACUGGAUGGUAUAGGCAUGCCACCGGUAGCACCUUUGUAACAAAUUUAAUGUUUCAUUCCUGUUAAAGGUUUUCAUACGUUUUGAUCGAUGUUUGUGAUAAUAAAGUUAUGGAUUAUGGA